AUGUCUGCGCCCACUGCGCAGCAUUCUGCCGUCGUUUUUGCAUAUCAUAAUGUCGGCGUCCGUUGUCUUCAGGUGCUGCUUGCCCGAAAUGUCCGCGUGCCACUUGUUGUCACUCAUGAGGACGACCCGUCAGAGACCAUCUGGUUCGACUCAGUUGGGACCGUUUGCGUCAAGCAUGGGAUACCUUUUAUAACGCCGGCAAACCCAAAGUCAGAAGACUUGCUAUCAAAGGUGCAAGCCCUACAGCCCGACUUUAUCUUCAGCUUCUACUAUCGUUACAUGUUGCCCACAAACCUGCUUGAUCAGGCCAGAUGCGGUGCUUACAAUAUGCAUGGUUCACUGCUUCCGAAAUACCGUGGUCGAGCACCCGUAAACUGGGCUAUCUUGCACGGUGAGACAGAAACGGGAAUGACUCUACAUGAGAUGGUGGCAAAACCCGACGCAGGCGCUAUCGUUGCGCAGUCUAGGAUUCCCAUCUUGCCUGAUGAAACGGCAUUUGAGGUAUUCGGAAAACUGUCGACGGUUGCCGAGCAGACCUUAUGGAAUAUUCUUCCUGAUAUGUUGGAGGGUCGCAUUCCGAAGCUACAAAACGAUAUUGCCCGAGGCAGCUAUUUUGGACGCCGCAAGCCAGAAGACGGGAGAAUUGACUGGAGACGGUCAGCAACAAAUAUUUACAAUCUUCACCGAGCUGUAGCGCCGCCAUACCCUGGGGCGUGGACAAUGAUAAACGGACGCAAACUCAUUAUCGGAAAAGCGAGUCUAUCUCAACGAAUUGAACCGCAUGCUUCAGUUGGACUUUUUGUCCGCGAUGAUAUGAUCCUUGGAAUUUGCGGCGACGGUCAAUACAUCAUAAUUGACGAGUUACUUGACGAAGAUAGCCAACUGGUGUCUCCGCAAGCCCUUAGUGCCUUAUUGCAAUCACCAUCACCAUGCCAUCAACAAAAUGGUAUCUCAGAGCCCACCAAGACUGUCUUCAUUCUAGGAAUCAAUGGCUUUGUCGGCCACCACCUCUUAGCGAGAAUCUUGGAAUCUACCAACUGGAAGGUGUGUGGCAUUGAUAUCGAGAAACACCGUAUUGCAGGACGACUGGAAAAUGCGGAGUACAAACCACGCCUGCUGUUCAGAAAAGGGCAUAUGGAGGCGAACUGGGACUGGAUCGAGGCUCGUGUCAAGGAGAGCGACGCCGUCUUGCCAUUGGCCGCGAUCUCGACUCCUCUAUCAUUCGUCAAGUCACCUCUUCGCGUAUUUGAAGUUGACUUCGAAGCCAACCUGCGUAUCGUACGCUUGGCAUCUAAACACAAAAAACGCCUAAUCUUUCCCUCAACCUCUGAAGUUUAUGGCAUGUGCCACGACGACGAGUUCGACACUGAGGAAUCUCAACUCAUCUGUGGUCCCAUUCAUAAAUCACGGUGGAUCUACUCCUGUUCUAAACAGCUUCUAGACCGUGUCAUAUUUGGUUAUGGAGCCGAGGGUUUGGACUUUACAAUAUUCAGACCAUUUAACUGGAUCGGCCCGGGACUUGACUCGGUGGACAACACUCUCCUGGAUGGCUCACGUGUCACGACUAGGUUCCUUGGCAACAUCAUCCGUGGUGAGGAUAUGAUACUAGUUGAUGGAGGAUCCCAACGGCGCGUCUUUACUUAUAUCGACGAUGGCAUUGAUGCGUUGAUGAAGAUCAUUGUGAACGAAAAUGAUAUCGCCAGCGGCAAGAUCUAUAAUAUUGGAAACCCGGCAAACGAUUAUUCGAUCCGGGACUUGGCUACUCUGAUGCUGGAUACGGCGGCGACCAUGGAUGAAUUCAAGGAAUCUAUCGCCAACGUGAAAUUGAAAGAUGGAAACUCGACAACCUUCUAUGGUGAAGGAUAUCAAGAUGUGCAACAUCGGGUUCCCAAAAUCACUAGUGCCGGCGAGAAUCUUAGUUGGACCCCAUUAGUUACUAUGGAAGACGCUAUACGCAGACUCUUCUUUGACUUCACUAAGCCUUGUUGA